UUUUCUCUAUGGUUACAAUUUUGUGGAAGACGCUAAACACUUUUUUGUUUUCGUAAAAUUAUUAUUUGUACAUUGUGACUUAAUCAGCGAAUGUUAAUAUUUAACAGUGCUAACAUAAGAUGUAUUCGACAACAUCUGAAGACUUGAGCCGGGAUCAUUUGGCUCUGCAAGUUACGAAUUGUCUAAAGAAAAUAGUGGAGAACCAACAAACCGUAACUCAAUUGCACAAGGAAUUGGUAGAGAUCGACCUGUCAUUUACUACUUACAUUGAGGAAAGUAAAAAUCGCAUUCAAAACCACCGUUUGAACCUUGCACGUCAGGCUAAAAGUUCCCAAGAAGUAGUCGAAAUACUCUCCGAGAAAUAAUACAAACCAUGUCAAAUUCUCCAGCAACUCCUCGAAAACAAACCAAUAUUACCAAAUACAAACUAAAAACAUACAAAGAAGACAAUAACAAUGCCACCAAUAAGUUUACCGAGCGCCAGCAAGCACGCACAUUCAUUUCAUGGUACAAACGCAUGAUUGACCACGAGAGGCAGAACUUUGGCUUGUAUCUAUCAGAUGAUGCCAUCCUUGAGUGGUUCGGCAGAACCAUUAAAACUAGAAAGAAAGUUCAAUCGUUCAUGAGAUAUGACAUGCAGUGCUCCCGCCAUGAUUUUACGACCGUUGAGAGCAUCGAUAAAGUCCAAUUACGGCAUGAAAAAAAUAUCAAUAAGAGAAAGGAUGAUACAGUUUUAGCUAGUCCUCUGCAUUCACCUGAGAUAAUAAGUUCCAAGUCAUCAGCUAAGAAAAGGUUGCUCAGAUCUAACUGUAACAGCCCUGAAUGGGCAGAGGGUUGCCAGCCUGAUAAAAGCACAGAAAGAAAAAGGCUAAAGAGCAGACAUAUUGAAUCUCUGCAUGAUGAGCAACAUAACAGCUUAAAACGUAGUCACCCAGACUCUGAUGUCAGUAGCAAGGGUGAUGGUAUUGUCGAAAGAAGGCCGAAACAAAAGUGUAUUGCUGUCACACCACCUAAUCAUGAACUUGGACAAGGGGACUGCUUGCCUUCUACAAGCGCCAACACAGCAUCUCAUGACGCUCUUAAUGCUCAACUGCCAAAACUUGCAGUAGAGUGUAACGGGUACAUAGAAUUCACUAGAACUAGAAACAACCGCAGUACGGAUUGCAUGAAAUGGGAAAGGAAAUGUAAAGUGCAAAUUAGUUACUCAGAAGACCCAUUGAAUGUUGGGGAGUACAUAAUUUGGUCGUUACAUUAUAUUGACGAAACCAAGUGUAGGAGAAAUCUGAUGGCUGCCUUUGAAGCAGCGGCCCAGGAGGAAGAAUCAAAUAAGAUCAAGUGAUUUUUGGUAUUACAUUUGAGUGUUUUAGCAUUUUUAUUUUAUAAAGCUAUAUUAUAAUGAUGCUAUACAUGGUGGCUAAAAAAUAAGUCCAUUCCUGUAGCCAGGGAUCUUUUGGGAUUAUACUGGUAACUUUACUAUGGUACCAACCCCAAACUCGCGAAAAAAAAUUUUAGCCUCCCAUACAAAAUGGACCAGCCAAAAUGUAUGAAACAGCCAAAAUUUUUUUCGCGUUUUCGGGGUUGGUCCCAUUGUAAAAGUUGCUCGGUAUAAUUCCAAAACCUCCCUGUCAACAGGAAUGCACUUAUUUUUUGGCCACCCUGUAUAUAUUUGUCACAGAACGUAUGCUGCUAUGGCCGGUUAAUUUCAGUUUUGCAAUUGCACAUUUUCAUAUACUUUGCUAACCUUGUGAUAUGAUAGUUAUAUUUUUAUUUGUUACAACAUUUAUUAUUUUAUGUAUUGUGUUCCUGAUAAGAAUAUCUUUACCUUUUGACAGAGCCUUAGGGUGUAUGAAAUUUAUGUUAUGAUAGUAUGUUUGUCUUCCAAACUUGCUUCUAAAAAAUUAAAAUAUUGUUAGUGGUAGCAAUACCUUUACUAAGGACUGUAUCGUUUAUUAUAAAUACAGAUAAAACCUGGUCUAACUGUUGACGUGUGUAUUAUUUUGUAUUACUAUGUUCUUAAGGUAUAAUCUGGGGGUAUUUUUAAGACAUAUCUGAUAUAAGAAUGUUUUACAUUUAUUUUAUUUUAGGGACUUUAUGAUGAUUUUAAUACCUUCUAGCAAAUGUAAUUCGGACAAGCCUAUCGAGCUUAAUUUGAGACUAUUUCACCGAUUCCUUAGUACGAUUUAAAGAAACAAAAGGUUAAUAUGCUGCCAAAAUAUGCCAUCUAAGUGUCCUUUUCAUGAUUGCUCAAUUGAACAUCCACAGAAUAAAUGUGGUGUAUUUUAUCUUUACAUGAAAACGACUUUUUAUGCAACAUUUUGGAUUCCCGUCAAUUUCUGACGCCAGGGAAAUGACGGAAACAGCUAAAAGAAUCUACCGAAAUCCAAAGCCUAACGGACAUUCAUGGCGUUGAACCAUGGCUAGAACAGGUCGAUAGAAACGCUCCAUGAUGGUUAUAUUGUAUACCAAAGUCGGGGUUGUCGUAAGUAACAUGCCAUAUUUUCAAAAAGGCCACCAAGCACAGAUCCAAAACUUUUUUUCCAACUAAAAGAAAUGAUUAGACUAUGCCCAGAUGUUUCGCUUUACGAAUCAUAUGUAAUUGCUGUUUACAUAGUACGAUUUUUUUUGUGUAAUACUUAUCUUGUUCGCAAACCGUAAAUUUUCUUGUAGUAUUUGUCCGAAAUCGUUGUAGUUACUCGGGAGGAUUGGGUAAAUAUUGUCCAAACCAUAUGCUUUACGUGAUCUCCCAGGACGAAAUGUUACUUAUUAUUAAAGCACUAAUUAAACUAUAUGUGUAAUUUUUUAAUAAAAACAUAAUACCAGAAAAAACGGCUAAGUAAAGUUGUAUUUAUAAUAAACGAUACAGUCCUUAUAAUUAUUACUUUUAAGUUGACAUUAAGAGAAUAUGUUAUGAAAUAUGAAUAUUGCGAUGAUAAGGUGUAGAUAUUUCUUGUAUUGAUAUUCUGUUCAGCAGAUAGUUUUCGCAUAUACUUAUUAAUAGAAAAAAUGUUAAUUCACAAUGUAAUAACAGUUUAUGUACUUCAUGUAAUUUUUGAUUGUCUUAAACAAUUUUACCUAUAGUAAAAUGUAAGAUCUCUGUAUUUUAGUUAUCUUUUGUAGCCAUAUAACUGACUGAUUAACAAGUAACUUGUAUUUUUAUAACUCAUGAAGUGUCUUGAAUAGUUUGUCUUGUAAGUCCAGUUUCUUUUAGAUCUCUUUAUAUGACGGUGGUGGUCAAACUAAGCAGUAUUUAUACUCUUAAUGCCUUGUGACUAAAGUCGUUAUUUGUUUGCCAGUACCAUCAACAUGCUGUUAGUUAAGUUAGUUUUAUCUCCACCGUUAUCUGACCCCUAGUACAUGUUUUGUAAUAUAUUAACCUUACAUCUAUUCAUACGAUAGAAAUUUUUUUUUGUUUCCAAGCCUGACCUAUUUUUUUUCAUUAUGGGAUUGGUCCUUAGUCAUUAAAUCAGUAUUUAUUAUAAUCUGAUGAUCAGCUCAGGGUGUAUGAUCAGGACCCAGGGGGUAGCCAAGAUGACAAUAGUUGAUAUAAAACCUCAACAGAUAAUGUAUGGAAUUAGACACGUGACUUUUCGGAGCAUCUUUUAUCCCGAUAUUUUUUUUUAGUUUGGCGUCGAUGUACAAUUGUCAUCUUGGCUAGGAAAUACCCUGUAUCUGCAUUCUAAAACAAACGCUUGUGCUAGGGGGUCCCUUCUGUCACUAUACCACCGAUUUGCUUUUUUUAUUCCUAAGGGGUAGUAUGUUUAGUUUUAGUUGUGUACGCUAGGUUAUAUCUACUCAUUAUGUAUAGAAAGGUGAAAUAAUGUUUAAAAAAUAAUGCAAUAAUUAUGUAGGCCUAAUAUGGCAAUGGAAACCGAAGCCAAAUCAAAAUUCUAUAAAAAUAUUCAACUAAAAAUAUCCUCGGCAAGCGUGUUUGGCUGGCCAAACAUAGAAACACAACUGCCAGUUUGCCAGCUAUUAUCAGUUUUUACAGGUUUCAUUAAGCUCGCCCGGUCAAAAUGUUCUGCAAAAGAGAAUGCUAACCUAAUCCGAAUAACGUACAAAUGGAGUUGGCAACUGUCAAAGGUUUUUAUAGAUGGCGCUGGCAUAAGUAUUACCUGUCUUUAGUAUUCUGAGAUUUGGCUAGCAACCAGGCCAUAAAAAAAUGUAUUUAACACUUUGUACGAUUGAUAGGUAAAUCCUAUGCUGGCGCCCAACAGUUAACCUCAAUUUGCUGUUUAGUUUCAAAUUAAUUCAGAACUAUUUUAUUUUAUAAUAGCAUACAUUUGAAUGAAAAGGAUUAGGUAUAUUCGAAUAGACCUUUUUAAUAUUGCCUAUGUGGAAUACUUGUAGUUUACUUUGGCAUAAUUAUUAAUUAUAAAAUAAUUACUCAAUUAGUUAUAGGAUUUCAGUAACUGAAAGUGAUUUUAUUGACAUGCAUUGUUAAUGAGUAUUGAGAUUUAGCCUGUAUCUUUUAAGUUGUUAGUUCAUUACUUGAAGUAAUGAGAGAACGGAUUUUUGUUUCAUUAUGCUAAAGUGUAUAAGCUCAGUAAACUUGUUAAAAUAAA